UUUGGAACACAGUGUUCUCAUCAGCAGCAGCGGCGGUACAGCCGGAACAUUGUGUUACUUUGUGGCUCUUUUCCAAGACCUGCCCUUAAUUUCAUACUGAACGCCCUCCCUCCUCUCCAACUCUCUCUCUUCCCCCGCACCACGUCUUCCCCUCUGCGUAUUUUCCGCCUCUGUACAUCCACCCGGCUCAUUUUGACGUGCGAGCCCCAUGUGACCGGUGCGUUCGUGGCGUCCAAGCCGAACACAGGACGCCGGAAUCCGGAGCGAGAAGCUCGCAUCACGUCGGAACAUCACGUACCUAGGACGUGACGUGUGACGCGCCUCACUUUUCAACCAGGAUCAAACGAUCUUUUAGUUCACUUUUACCAGGUGGACUUGUAUUUUAACAAGCACAAGAAAAACAUCACUGGAAUGCCCACAAGCAGACAUGACAACUGAUCAGGAUCUUUGUUUGGACGAGCCCUCGGCAGCGACUGCGUUUGCUGCAAAAGGCACUGAUGUAACAAUGAAAAAAGAUCAAGGAAUAAUCAAGGUUGUCAAGCGUCAGGGGAUAGAUGGAGAGCUCCCAAUGAUUGGAGACAGAGUUACAAUCCAUUACACUGGAAAGUUCCUCAACGGUAAAAAGUUUGACUGCAGCCGAGAGCGCAAGGAGUCCUUUUCCUUCAAUGUUGGCAAGGGACAAGUCCUCAAAGCAUGGGAUAUCGGUGUGUUAUCAAUGCGGAGAGGAGAGGUGUGCACAUUGCUGUGUAAGCCCGAGUAUGCUUAUGGCUCUGCUGGAAAUCCUAGCAAAAUCCCUCCCAACUCAUCAGUCCUAUUUGAGAUUGAGCUGCUGAAAUUCAAAGGAGAGACUCUCACAGAUGAUGGCGGCAUCAUACGGAGAAUAAAAGUCAAAGGGGAUGGCUACUUAAAUCCCAACGAUGGAACAGUCGUAGAUGUGCAUCUUGAGGGGAGCUGCGACGGUCGAUUGUUUGACAUCAGGGAUAUCAGCUUUGUUGUUAGUGAAUCAGAAGAUAAAGGCGUUCCCCUGGGAGUGGACCGUGCCAUGGACAAGAUGCAGAAAGGGGAGCGGUGUAUGCUGUACUUGACACAUAAGUAUGGCUUUGGAAGCAAAGGAAACCAAGAAUUUAAAAUUGGGCCAAACAAAGACAUUGUAUAUGAGGUUACCCUCAAGGACUUCAAAAGGGCGAAAGACUCCUGGGAAAUGGACUUGCAUGAAAAACUGACUCGGGCCUUAGAAAUCAAACUUAAAGGAAAUCAGUAUUAUAAGUCAGGACAUCACGACUAUGCUGUCAUCCAGUACCAGCGCAUUGUUUGCUGGCUAGAGAUGGAGUGUGGUAAUGACUUGGAGCAGCAGAAGCAGAUUAAUGACUUUCUGUUGUCGGCCCACCUCAAUUUAGCAUUGUGUUUCCUGCGCAUACAAGAUUUCUCACUCGUAGUGGAAAACUGCAACAAGGUGAUUGAUAUUGACAGUUGCAACGAGAAGGCCUUGUAUCGUCGCGGCGAGGCCCGACUACUUCGAAACGAAUUCAACCUAGCCUUGGCUGAUUUUAAAAGCGUGCUACAAGUCAACCCCUCGAAUCAAGCAGCUCGCUCCCAGAUUUUGAACUGCCAGAGCAAGAUGAAGGAAUAUCACGAGCUAGACAAGAGGACUUAUGCCCACAUGUUCCAGAAGUUGGCAGAAAGGGAUACAAAGAGUGGGAAGACCAAGAGGAGGCGGGACGAGAGCAUGAAAAGCAGCGUGAACGGUGAACUGGGCAUUAAACGUCGACGGAGCCAGGACAGCCUGUCAUGCCAGUGAACUGGGGGGAAAUUGAAAGAAAAGACUUCAUAAAAAAGGAAGCAGAGGCACACUGCAGCCUUCAAUCCCAACUCCAGUAUUCCUAUUGAAAGCAAAGUAUACAUUUCCCCUCCUUGGGGACAGCAAAACUGCCGGAACAAACCUGUGCGUGGCUUAAGGACAGCUCAUCUUAGCCUGUUGUUCAAAUACAGAAUACACAUUAUUGGCAUUUUAAAUGGCCUCGAAGCUAAGAUGAGAUGUGAGUACCUGCAAAGUACCAUCUGUCCAACUCUCCAAACAUGGCUUUCCAGGGUCUGAUUGCAUGUGUCACCAUUGGCUGUUUUGGUUUGAGACUUGAAUUUACCAUGGAAUUUGUUCUUUUAAUGACAUCUUUAAAAGAUGGCUUCUGACAAAAUACAACAAUUUUCUUUUUUAGUUGGCUUCUUGAGGAAAAUUGGUGGAUUACUUGGAUUUUCUCAAAGUAAUUCAUCUCGCAGAAAUCUCUUUGAAAAAACAAAAUGCAGUCUUUACCAGUUGGGGCCUAAAUAACUUGGGGUACCGGUAAUACUAAUGCUACAGAUGCUAAACCUGCAUUAAAACCAUAAAAAGGAAAUAGGAUCAUCUAAAAUAUAAAAAGAUAAAAUUUCAAGUCUUGAAAACUGAAAUUUGGAAGUAGAAGCAUAUGGGAAAGUUAGUUGUAAAGUUUUGGACAUAUUUAGGAACUACAACCAAUCCAAACAUGAACUUUAUGCAAAUUACUGAAAAAAUAUUUGGGGAAAUUGUUUAAAGACAAACACCAAAAAAAAAUCAAUUGUUAGAAUAAAUUCCCUACCUAAACUGAAUGAGGAAUGAACUUGCUUUAUACAUGCUUGUGUUUACUGCAUUUAAGGCCCAUGUAACUUUACCAAAAUUCCUCAUGCUUGAUUCACAAAUAUGGCUAGUGUGUAGUGUACAGCAAUUUAUUUAACUGAUGUAUUAAUUUAAGUAAGAUGUUAAUGUUCUCCAUUUAAUACUAACAAUAGUUGUGGAAUGGGAACGUAUUCCUGUCAGAUUAAUGACGUACCUGUCGGGACUGAUAUACUAGUCGAUCACAAAAUGACUCAAGCAAUGGGUGGCAGCUUUAACAACACUGAAUCUAAAAUUGCGUUUCUGCACAAACGUGUUAGAAAAUUUUGAAUGUCUAGAAAAGUGGAGUUCCUAAUCAUGUCUAUUGGUGACAAUAUUGAGAGCGCACGCACACAUUGGCAUGUGUCCUAUACUUCAUGAUGCUCUGAUUUCUGUACCACUGUUGAAUAUUACACAGUGGAAACAUGUUUUCAAUUUGUGUUUUUUUUAAAAAGGACAUUUUCAAGUUUUGUAAUGUGUUUGAAACAUCAUCAAAUGAUGGUUUGCUGUCUAAUAUUAUGAAUAUUGGCAUUCCACUAAUGUCCAAUGUGUUUCUCCUGUUGCAGUCUUGCAUGUUGACUGAUCGCCCCACCUUAAAUGUACAAAAUGAGUGUGGUCUUUGAAAAAGAGACAUUUCAUUAUAAACAUGACAAAUUUUACUAAUGAGGGACAGUAACGAAGCCGUUUUUGAUAAGAUAUCAAAUUUGGAUAAUUUAGCGCAAUAUUCAUGGAACAAGUGCUCCUUUAUGGAUCUUAUUUUUUAUCUAGUGAAUGUCAAUAGCACAUAUUGAUGCACUUGGGUCAGGCAAAUGUUUGACUAAAUGUCUGGAAAAGCGCCAGACAAUGAUCGGAGAUGUUUUAUAAACAUUGGUAUGUUGAUAAUUAAAAACCUUUGCUGUCUUAAAUAUAUUGUGUAUCGCUGUAUGAGUGUUAAUAUUCAUUUCUAAAUGCAUCGUGAUUGCUGUCAUUUUGUACAGUGGUGUGAGCAUGAAGUACAUUUUCAAAUACAAAGGAUCAUUCUCACCUUGAUUUGACAUAUUUAUACCCCUCCCAAAAAUGCACAUAAUUGGUGAAAGUGGUUAAGAAAAAAAAAACCAUGGUCUAAAAGAAGCACUCUCCCAACUGGGUUUGAAUGGAUGGAUGCUACGGGUUAUAUUUUUCACAAUGUUUACAUGUAAACAUCACCAUUGUGUUUCAUGCUUUGAACCUGGCAUUAAUGCAAAACGGAUACAGGCAGAAAUGGUGUGAGGUACCAUUCAUGUGUGCAUUAUAUAUUUUUUUAGUUGUAUUUUUUGCACUUCAGAGAGAUUAAAUAAACAUUUGCAUUAAGGAAAA